AUGAGUGGCUGGUUGGUCUACGAUACGGUCAAAACCGUUCGAAUCGAAGAUCGGAAGCUGAGCGCCUUGUACUACGCGCUCGUUCUCGGAGCCCUGGCCUACACAGCGUCCACCAUCGUCUACCACAAGGGCUAUCUCGAGUACGAGCCGCACAUCGUGGGCGGGCUGGCUCUGCACCUGACGCGCCAGCACCACGGCAGCGAGGCCGGCCACCCUCCGGACCUGAUCGACACGCGCCUCCUGCCCUACUGCCGCCAAAGCUCCCACUCUGCGCGCGACGCCAAGCCCUGUCUGAUUUGGGACGACGAUGACAUACUCGUCCAGCGAGGCACGCACGCAGCCCUGAUUACGACCCGCGUGCAGCGCUACCUCGAGAAGCGAGUGUGUGGGCCAACCGAAGUGUCGUGUGGAGCGAUCUGGGAGGAGGUGUCGCACGAUGACUACUACAUCGCCGAUACCGAGAACUUUGAGCUGGGAGUGUACCACAGCAUGCAGGCGCCGCACUUCUUCGAGGAGUCCGGCCACUCGCACGCCUUCGCCGAAGGCAACCUGCACAUGAAGGGUGUCCUGAUGAAGUACAACAACAUCCGUUGCGAUGGUAAGCUCAAGUGCGCGUUCGGACAGGGCGACAUCAGCUACCGCUACCGCAUCUACCGCGUCCCUGAAUCCAAUUCGGAGAUGGUGGAGGUGAAGAAGCUCAACGACACCCAUCGAGUGCGAAGCGUGAAGCAGGGCAUCCAGGUGCUCAUCGUCAACCUGUGCUCUGGGCUGGGCAUGAUGGCCAUCGCCACCGUCGUAGUCGAUGCCAUCGCGAUCUACGUGCUGCCCAAGAAGACGACCUACUUCAGCCACAAGUACAAGGUCGUCGACAAGAUCCGACUCUCGGACAAGGCCAAGACCGCCAGCGGUGGUGAUGAUGCCGCUUCAUCGCCGUCGGCUUCCGAGAACAGCGGCAAGCAGAAGACCUCCGCGGGCGAGACGACGAAGAGGAAGAGCAAGAAGUCAUCAGAGGCGGCCGUCGACUCCAAGCCUGCAGGCGAGGAGCAGGAAGGAGAAGGUGAGGGGAAAGGCCAGCUGCGGCAGAGGAAGCCCAAGACCGCCCGCCACGCCGACGAGUGA